UUUUUUUCUCCUCAGCUGGGUGAAAGCUGGUUCACCAGUUAUUCCUGCACAGAACGCUGCACUUGCAAUGCUAAUAACGUGAUUGCUUGUUCAGUCUGGGAGUGUGGAGUACGAGAGGAAUGCAGUGUUAAGGAUGGUGUGCUGGGCUGUCAUUCCAAUGGCCAAGUAACAUGUCAGGUGGCAGGAGAUCCCCACUAUUUCACUUUUGAUGGAUUGAUGUACACAUUUGUGGGUACCUGCACCUACACUUUGGUUAAGUCUGUCAGCUACAAUGUCAACCCAAUAACCAUCCUUGGCAAGAAUGAAGACCGAGGGCUAAGAGGGGCCACAUACCUGAAAGAGGUCUACAUAGAUGUGUAUGGCACACGAAUCACCCUUCGGAAAAGCAAAGAAAUCCUGCUGAACAAUGAGAGGGUCUACACUCCAGUGGAGAACCGUGUGCGGGGUGUGUCCAUUGGAAAUAUUGGCAAUUACCUAGUAGUGGAAACAGACUUUGGUGUGAUAGUGAAAUAUGAUGGUGAUGAUCAUCUGGAAAUAACCCUCCCACAAUCUUACUUCUCAAAGGUACAAGGCAUGUGUGGUAACUUCAACGACAAUUAUAAAGAUGAUCUGUCCUUGCCCAAUGGUACAAUUGUCAGUGUCACACAGUUUGGAAAUAGCUGGAAAGUGGAAGAAGACAGUGAUGCAGGUUGUUUAUCAGACUCAAGAGAAGAUGAUGUUCCUCCUUGCACUGAUGAGAAUAAACCAAUCAUUGAAAGCCAGUGCAAUGUCCUAAAAUCAGACAAAUUCAAAGCAUGUCAUGAUCUGGUGAAUCCUGAAGACUUCAUAAAGAUCUGCACCUAUGACAUGUGUCGAUAUGAUGGCAUGAAGUCUGCUCUUUGCGACAUAGUUCAGUUCUAUGUGGACACCUGCAGGAAUCAAGGCAUCACCAUUACAUGGAGGAAUAGCACAUUUUGUCCAUUGCCCUGUCCAUCCCACAGCCAUUACACAGCCUGUGCCUCUGCCUGCCCAUCAACGUGCAAUGACAUCUUUGCCUCAUCCCUUUGUGAGAAGACAGAAUCGUGCACAGAGGGCUGUGAGUGUGAUGAUAAUUAUGUGCUCAGUAAUGACAAGUGUGUUCCACUCAGCAACUGCGGCUGCAGGGAUGAUGACAACAAUUACUACAGUGUUGGGGAGACCUGGAUUACUCCGCACUGCACCGAAAGAUGUCAAUGUCAGCAGAAUGGUGUCAUCAAAUGUCAGAGUUAUGGAUGUGAUUCUAAAGAAACCUGCUUGAUCAAAAGUGGAAAAUACAAGUGCAAUCCAACAGGUUUCGGGAAGUGCCGGAUCAUAGGCGAUCCACAUUAUAUCACAUUUGAUGGUUUGGUGCACCACUUCCAAGGGAAAUACACAUACAUUCUGACUCAGACCAUCCCUGACCUACCUGAUACUCUGACACAGUUCAGUGUCGAAGGCAUGAACUAUCCUCUUCGUCUGAAUCGACGCAUUACUUACCUGAAAGAGGUCAUCAUCAACGUUUACAAUCACGAAGUGCGAUUCAGGCAAGGCAAGCAAAUACUGUUGGAUGGUGUGAGGGUGAGAGCCCCUGUUCGUCCCCAUGAUGGUAUUCGUAUAUAUCAGAGGACAACAAGAAUUUACCUGGAGACAGAUUUUGGCUUAUACCUGAGCUAUGAUGGUGAUCAAAAUGCAGAUAUAAAGCUGGCCAACACCUAUAACAACAGAGUAGAAGGUUUGUGUGGUGACUUUGAUGGGAGAUCUAGAAAUGACUUCACAAACCCAGAUGGUGUUUGGCUGAAGAAUGUGAAUGCAUUUGGUGAGAGCUGGAAGGUUCCUGUGAAAAGAACCUCUCGUUUCAGGCGAGAAACCACUGUGGAAGAUGAGCCUGAUGAGGAACCAGAUACAGGGCUUUAUCAAGGCUGCAGUGAAAAUAAGCUGAUGCAAGAAAACAGCACUUCUAAAUGUCAAAUUCUGACUGCAUUGGACGGUCCUUUUGCAAAUUGUCAUUCUGAAGUCCCACCAGAGCCUUAUUCCAUGAACUGCGUCUUUGAUAUGUGUGUGGAGGAAGAUGCUGCUGAGACAUUAUGUCGCCAUCUGAAAGAGUACGUGCUUGCUUGUCAGGAGCAAGGAGUCAAUAUGGAAGGCUGGAGGCAACAGACAGCUUGUGAGAUGUCGUGUCCACCCAACAGCAAAUACAACUCAUGCAUGACUGCAUGCCCAGCAUCCUGCAGUGACAUGACCAGCCCCUCUGAGUGUGAAUCGCCUUGUGUUGAAGGCUGUGAAUGUCUCCCUGGCUACGUUCUUAGUGACUCUGACUGCGUGCCUUACAGAGAAUGUGGCUGCACAUACCUUGACAAAUAUUAUGAGAUUGGAGAAGUGUUCACCACUGAUGACUGCUCCCAGAAAUGCCAGUGCACAGAGAGCUCCACUGUCACCUGCUCUAACAUAGUGUGCGGUUCUGAUGAAAUCUGUAACAUUGCAAACUACACUCGUGGGUGCUACAGGACUGGACCAUGUAUGCCAAGUCCUUGUCAGAAUGAUGGAAUUUGCUCUGAAACAACCAAUGGCACCUCUGACAACUACUACUGUGAAUGUACAGAGCUGUACACAGGACAAAGCUGCAACAUUGAAAGGAUAGAUGACACAAGUAUCCCAGAGAGUUCUCAGAGCAAUACAGUUGCCAUCGCUGUUGGAGUUACAGUAGCAGUGGUUGCUGUUGUCAUUCUCGUCACCUCUGCAGUGUAUCUGUUCAGAAGGAGGAGAAAGGCAGAUGCAAAUAUCAAUGCACGGAAUUCAUCUUUGCACGAGUCUGAGGAUACAUCAGGUGACAGAGUACGUGAACACAAUUAUGGCUACGUAGUGAAUGCUGCAUUUGACCAAGAUGAACCCCAAAGUACACACCUGUAGUUAGCAUGUUUUGUUUUGUUUCCCAAUUCAUGUGUAUUAUUUU